ACUUGGAGCUGGUUACGAAAAGCAGACUCGAAGAUCCAAACAGAAGCACUUAUUUGUGCAGGCCAGGAACAGGCUCUCAGGACCAACCAAGUAACUGAUACCAUGUUAACUGCAAGACCGUGCGAAUGCCCCUUAUGUAGGUAAUGUGGCCAGAGUGUAAACCAUAUUGUCUGUAGGUGUAACUGAAAAGUUAGCCCAAAGGGAAUAUAAACAGAGACAUGACAAUAUUGCAAAAGUAGUUCGUUGGAAGGUAUGUGAGAAAUAUCAUCUGGGAAAGAAGGACAAGUGGUACGAACACGUGCCUGACAGUGUGAGUAAAAAAGAUGAAGUUAAACUACUGUGGGAUAAUGAACAUUCAAUGUGA